UCCAACUCUAUUCAAUCUCCACGCUACCACGCUACUACCACCUGGAUCGACUAGAUUCCAUUCUCCUCCUCCAUCUCCUCCAUCCUCCAUCAUCAUCUUCAAUCCAUCUCCACUUCACCCUCCUCUCCUCACCUCCCAGCUCCCCGGUAUACCCCUCCCACAAUCCACUCUUUCCAGUCUUAUCCCACCCUCCCUCGGCACCCACUUCAAAAGAGCCCCAUCACUCACUUGCCCUCCACCGCAUCACACUCACACUCGCACUCGCACCCGUUCCCUUCCUGUCCGCAUUCCACAGCGUCGUCGUCAGCGAGCCCAUGGCCGACGCUCGUGAGAGCAGCCCUUCCUACGGCUCAAGCCAUCCAAGCAUCUCGGGCUCUGAACUAGCCAUGGACCAUUCACAUAUGGGCGCGCGCCAGCCCCCCACGUCGGCCGAGAUCGAUGCCGUCAUUGCUGCAGCAACCGCCAACGCUCCCCCCGCGCUUCCACCGAUGGACAUGGGUCUCGAAGCAUCUACCCGAUCCUUGACCCCGCUCAUGACCAACAUUCUGCCGUCGGCGAUCGGAUCGGAUGGGCGCGUAAACCUCUUUGUCGGCAACCUUCCGUACCGAGUACGGUGGCAGGACCUCAAAGACUUGUUUCGAAAGGCCGGGACCGUCUUGCGCGCCGACGUGAGCCUCGGCCCCGAUAACCGCAGUCGAGGGUAUGGCAACGUUCUCAUGGGGAGUCGCGAGGAUGCGGCGCGCGCCAUCGAUCGCUUCAACGGCUUUACGUGGCAGACGCGGACGCUCGAGGUGCGACCGGACCGCCUGCCGCCAGAGUAUGAGCCGCAGCCGCACAUACACCACAAGCCCAUGUUCGGCGGGUAUAUGGGCCCACCGAUGCACCACUUUGGCGGCGGCAGUGGCUGGCAUGGGCGUCCACCACAUCAUGUUGCGCCUUUCGGCGGAUUCGGGCAUCACCUCGGGCCUGGCUCGCACGGAGGGCAUGCGCCCCACCAGCCCUUUGUUCGCCCACCGCCUUCGCUCGCCGCACACGUUCCUGCAGUGCCUCCCAUCGGAGCAUCGCCCUUAGCAGGAUCUCUCACCGCGGGACCAAGUGCGACCGCCUCCGCAGCAGCCUCCAGCGGGUGGGGGCCAGGUGGCACCCGCGACGUCUUUAGCGAUCGCAGUGGGUCGCCGGGGACGCUGGGAGCUCUACCCCUCGGCGCGAACGGCAAGCGCGCAAUCUCACCGAACAGAGGGCUUGAGCCCGGCGAGACGCUCAUCCGUCCUCCUCUUGGUGGACGUCUUGGCCCUAGCCUUCUCAGCAAGCCGGCCAUCUCGGCAGAGUCACUCGAGUCAUCGGCCAGUCUCCGACGCCCGUCAACGAGCAGCUCGGAGGCGCCUACACCCGUACUCAUACCCCCGCCUAUUCCCCUCAAUGGCCUCGCAAACCAGGCCAAAGAUCUUGGCGCACCUAACAGUGUCUACGAUCGGGUAUGCUUUGUGAAGAAUCUUCCCUUCACAAUGCAAUGGCAGGACCUAAAAGACCUGUUCAGACCAGCGGGCGUCGUCAUCCGCGCCGACGUAGCCACCACUCCUGACGGUCAGUCGCGUGGCUUUGGCACUGUACUUCUUGCGUCACCAGAAGAUGCGCAGCGGGCGGCCACCAUGUUCAACGGCCACGAGGUGGAGGGGCGUAUGCUCAACGUCCAGACGGAACGGCAAACGAUUGACGAGGGCAAGAUACAGCCCAUCCAUCCUAUUGAGCCUUUCUCUGCAUUUGCGGCAAAGCCAUCCCCACAGGGGUGGCCCCAAACCGCGUCAGCCGGUCUCAACACGAGACCCCCUGCUGCCGGUGAGGCGUUCUCCUCUGGCUCGUUGACCGGACCAGCGGUGUCUCCAACUGCCUCGACUCGCGUCCCAUGGCAGCUUGACACUGGGGGAGCGACAACGCCGGUCCGGCCCAGCGCUGCCGACGACGCUGCGGCUAACAAGCCGCGCCACCCUGGGCCCAUCACCCUCCCGCCCUUCCCGACGAUGACGGAGAUGAACCCUCUUAGCCCGAUGCAGACGCGCAACCUUCCUCCGAUGACGCCAUCGAUGCCUGGUUUUGUCUUCAACGCGUACCCUCGCACGCCGCCCCCGCCUCACCCCUUCCUGUCGCCAGGUGCAACCGGGCCCUUCUCGCCCGGCGCGCCCGUGACAAGCCCGAUGCAUAGCGGGCGCAAUCCGCUGCUGAACGCUGCUCCCGGCGCUCCCGUCUACCGACCGGUAACGAGGGGCUCCGCCGCCCUCGGCACGCCGACGACGCAGGUGUUUCCCAAUAACUCGGACCGGCCGGCAGCUGGUCCCCCGGGCGGAGAGGUCGACGACUACUUCCCGCCUGUGAAGGGGGCGGAGGAGCUCGUGGGCGCUACCGCUGCUCUGAGCGUCAAGGACGACCCGCCGGUCGAUGCGGACCACGGGAGCGCAGGGCCUCCCGGCGCCCCGCCCGAGGUGACGGUAACCGCAACGUCGCCACCCGCGGCAAAUGGGCGAAGCAGUUUGGACGGUGGUCCACGCCGCGCGGGACCGACGGAGCGACGUGCGAGCUGGAGUGAGGUAGCGAAAGGGUGACGGGCAAGGGUUGAUUCUCGGUAGUUUGGUACACGGUCUGGAGGUUUGGGGAAUGCAUCGAGGUUCUGCGGG